AUGGACCCGGCUGCUCGCCCCGCUGUAGUUAUCGACAAUGGCAGUGGGUAUACUAAGAUGGGGUUCGCGGGUAAUGUCGAGCCGUGUUACAUUGUUCCGACUGUAGUUGCCUUAAACGAAUCGUUUCUGAACCCGGCCAGAACCUCCUCCAAGGCUGGUUGGCUAGCGCAGCACAAUGCUGGCGUAAUGGCUGAUCUUGAUUUCUUUAUAGGGGAUGAGGCCCUGGAAAGGUCUCGAUCUAGUACAACUUACAAUCUGAGCUAUCCCGUUCGCCAGGGUCAGGUCGAGAAUUGGGAUUCAAUGGAGCGGUUUUGGCAGCAAUGCAUAUUCAACUAUUUGCGUUGUGAUCCUGAAGACCACUAUUUUCUUUUAACUGAGAGUCCGCUUACUGCCCCUGAGAGUCGCGAGUAUACGGGCGAAAUUAUGUUCGAGACUUUCAAUGUUCCUGGCCUUUACAUUGCCGUGAAUUCGGUACUUGCUCUUGCAGCUGGUUACACAACGUCUAAGUGUGAGAUGACAGGGGUUGUGGUAGAUGUUGGAGAUGGAGCAACUCAUGUUGUACCUGUUGCAGAAGGUUAUGUUAUUGGGAGCAGCAUCAAGUCAGUUCCUAUUGCCGGGAAAGAUGUAACUCUCUUCGUCCAGCAGCUUAUGCGGGAAAGAGGAGAGAAUGUGCCACCAGAAGACUCCUUUGAUGUAGCUCGCAAAGUGAAGGAAAUGUAUUGCUAUACUAGUUCUGACAUUGUCAAGGAGUUCAAUAAGCACGAUAAAGAACCAUCCAAGUAUAUUAAGCAAUGGAGAGGCAUUAAACCAAAGACAGGCGCACCUUACUCUUGUGACAUUGGCUAUGAACGAUUUCUUGGUCCAGAGGUUUUCUUUAAUCCUGAGAUUUAUAGCAAUGACUUCACCACUCCCUUACCAGCUGUAAUUGACAAGUGUAUUCAAUCCGCGCCAAUUGACACUAGGAGGUCUUUGUAUAAGAAUAUAGUGUUGUCUGGAGGUUCAACCAUGUUCAAGGACUUCCACAGGAGGUUGCAACGGGAUAUAAAGAAGAUUGUCGAUGCCCGGCUUCUUGCAUCUGAAGCUCGAGUUGGUGGGGAAUUAAAAUCACAGCCAGUGGAAGUAAAUGUCGUUAGUCAUCCCAUCCAGAGAUUUGCAGUUUGGUUUGGAGGCUCUGUACUUGCAUCCACACCUGAAUUCUAUGCGGCUUGCCAUACAAAAGAAGAGUAUGAGGAAUAUGGUGCGAGCAUAUGCAGAACAAAUCCUGUUUUCAAGGGUAUGUAUUGA